CUGUUUUGCGCGGUAGAGAGACCCUUGAUGGUUUUUCUGCAUGUAAUAUGCAUACCCAGUCAAUUUAUCAAUAAGCUUUUAGCCGCAUCAAGGUACAGAAUGCUCCGAGUUGCGGUUCGGUACCUUAUUCUCCGUUCCUAUCAACGGAGACAAGCGGCUAUUUUAUGGCCGGCGGUUGACUACCAUGGCUACAUGCACAACGUUGAACGGAACCAACUCGGGUGCAUGCAGAGAGGUAGUAUCCCAUAAACCAGCCCAGAGAUAACGCAAGCAUUGUGCAAUUUGAUUCAACCAACAGGGCGACUGCCGACAUAACUUGCCGACAAUACGACUGAACUCCAUGGUCCCUUUCCCUAUGCCUGUUAUCAAAGAACCGUCCUUGAACAAAAUUUUCCAUAUUUGUAUGGUACAGGCUUGUUUCAGGUUGAAUACUGGGUGUGUGCAUUAUUCUCCAAGAAUCGGAAUUUCCCUUUUACCCUAUCUGCGCGCAUUAGGGAAUACUGGGUUCCUGCAGAAACUAGCCGCGUAAGCUUCAGGCACCACGUUUUAUCUUCCUACCGAAGAUGUGCUUUUUUUCAUUUGAAGAAAAAUUGAAGCAACUCAGGAGAUGUGUCGCUUUGAUGAAUGUAGCCAUGUGAUUGCUUCCGCAGAGCCCAAAACGAAUCUCUUGCUUGUAGAGAGUCCCGAGUAUUGUAGACAAGGGGCCACGCACUUAUGCUGGAACAGGUUCAUAGGUCGCACUUCCGAUACCUAUGUCUCUCGUAGUAGACUCAUCGUCUUGGCACCCACAGAUCCCAAGCCUCCGGAGACUGAUACUCCUACUUGUCACAAGAUAGCCUCCAUGAAAGAAAGCCAUCGAUGGGUUGACCUUCUUUGUCGAGGCAAUCGAUCCACAUAGAUUCGGGAACAAGCCAAAGAAAGAAUUUGCACAUCUGCCAAGCCCAAAUCUGCAGCCAAAAAAAAUGGCACCCAGCGCCGUGCUACCCGAGAGCCCUCCCGCCGCGGCAGCCGAGAGCUACUGGUCGCGGCUCAAGAACGCCGUGACGGGCAACGCAACAACCGGACCCCAGCUCCCCGAGCUAAGCAGCAGCUAUGCCGCCGCUAGCAACGGUAGCAGGGUUUCGGACCACACCGACCAGCCACGCCAGCAGCAGCAACAACAACAGAACACCCCAAUCGCCAUAGUGGGCAUGGCAUGCCGCAUGCCGGGCGCCGUAUCCUCCCCGGCCGAGUUCUGGGAGCUUCUGACCCGCUGCAGGUCCGGCUUCGGGCCCAUCCCGGCAGCGACGCGCUUCGACCCGGCGGCGUUCCAACACCCCGUCCCCGGGCGCGGAGGCUGCUUCACGCCCGUGGGUGGGAAUUUCCUCCAGUGCGACGUGCGGGCCUUUGACGCGCCGUUCUUCGGCCUGACGGAGAAGGAGGCCACCUCGCUCGAUCCGCAGCAGCGGCUGCUUUUGGAGUGCACGUUCGAGGCGCUCGAGAACGCGGGCAUACCGAAGCAUACGAUCGUGGGGAGGGACGUCGGCGUGUUCAUCGGGGGUUCGUUUCCAGAGUACGAGAGCCACUUGUUCAGGGACAGCGAUGCCAUCCCCAUGCAUCAGGCUACGGGGUGCGCGUACGCCAUGCAGUCGAAUCGGAUUUCGCACUUUUUCGACCUGCGAGGUCCUAGUUUCACGUCGGAUACGGCUUGCUCGUCCAGCAUGGUCGCCGUGCAUCUGGCGUGCCAGAGUCUGCGGUCGGGAGAGUCGAGCGUGGCGCUCGUGGGGGGCUGCCAUCUCAAUAUGCUUCCCGAGUUUUGGAUUUCGUUUUCCACGUCCAGACUUCUCUCCGAAACAGGCCGCUCGAUAGCCUUCGACAACCGCGGCACAGGCUUCGGGCGCGGCGAGGGCUGUGCCAUGAUGGUCCUCAAGCCCCUCGACCAGGCCGUGCGCGACAACGACGCUAUCCGAGCCGUCAUCGUCGGCACGGGUAUCAACCAGGACGGGCGCACCCCCGGCAUCACCAUGCCCAACGGCGCUGCGCAGGAGGCCCUGAUCCAGCAGGUUUACCGCAAGUUCGGCCUCAGCCGGCGCGAGUGCGGGUUCGUCGAGGCGCACGGCACCGGCACGCGCGUCGGCGAUCCCAUCGAGGCGAGGGCCAUCUACAACGCACUGGGGAAGGGGAGGGCGCGUCGGGAUCCACUUCUAAUCGGGUCCGUCAAGUCCAACAUCGGGCAUCUGGAGGGUGCGUCGGGCAUGGCUGGGUUGUUGAAGGCGGUGCUCAUGAUGGAGAGGAGUUUCGUGCUGCCAAAUUGCGACUUUAAAGAGCCGAACCCCAAGAUACAGUGGAAGGAGUGGAACCUUCGCGUGCCGACCAUGCAGACCCCGUUCCCGCAGGACAAAAAGUACAUCAGCGUCAACAACUUUGGGUUCGGCGGCACCAACGGCCACGUGGUGAUCCAGGCUGCCCCUUAUACUGCCAAGGAGGAGCUCUCCAACGUGCUGGAGAAGCAGCAUAGGAUGUUUGUCUUUACCGCCAACGACAAGGAGUCACUGGCUGCUGUGAUGAAGGGCGUCGUCAUCUAUCUCGAGCGGCGGCCCGAGGUGUUUGAGGGAGCGCUCAUGCGCAACAUCGCCUACACUCUUGGUCAACGCAGGUCGCUACUCCAAUGGCGCGCAGCGAUCCACUCAAAACAUUCCCUGGAGCUGAUCGAUGGCCUGAACGACAAGCGAGCCGUGAUUCGUCGAGAGUCAGAGGCCGUUCGCCUCGGCUUUGUCUUUACCGGACAGGGUGCGCAGUGGUGGGCCAUGGGUCGAGAACUGUACGAACAGUAUCCAGUAUUUACCGCCAGCAUCGACAUGGCGGACAGUUGCUUGGUGGAUAUGGGCGCAACGUGGUCGCUGGUGGAUGAACUCGCGAGGGAUGAAGAAACGACGUGUGUAAGCGAAGCGCAUAUCAGCCAGCCGGCUUGUACUGCCAUCCAACUGGCGCUUGUCGACCUCCUGCGAAAAUGGGGUAUACACCCAACAGCAGUUGCUGGACACUCAAGUGGAGAGAUCGCGGCGGCCUAUUCGGCGGGAAUUAUCUCAUUCAAAUCAGCAAUGGCAAUCGCGUAUCACAGGGGUCGCCUCAUACCGCUACUAAAACAGCAAUAUCCAUCACUUCAGGGGCGCAUGAUGGCGGUCGGAGGCAGCAAAGGUGACGUCCAGAGUAUGAUUGAUGGCCUGCACGAGAACCAGGUUCGUAUUGCAUGCUUCAACAGCCCAUCAAGCUUGACCAUAUCCGGCGACGAACCUGCUCUGGCCGAGCUUGAGAAGUUGGUGGAAGCCAAGCAGAUGUUCCAUAGACGACUCGUGGUCGAUGUGGCCUACCACUCGCAUCACAUGGAUUUGGUUGCGCAAGAAUACCAAGCGUCUUUGGCACAUCUCCCAGAUCCAAGCCGCUCGACAGGGGUCAAGUUCUACUCAUCUCUAUACGGACGCUUGGCUGAAGGCUCCGAGCUUGGGGCCAACUACUGGGUCGAAAACCUUACCUGUCCAGUGCGAUUCAGCGAGGCCCUGGAAAGCAUGCUGAAGCCUUCAGACGCUUUAAAAACAGGUGUCACAUCUCUGGUAGAGAUCGGGCCUCACUCUGCUCUGCAAGGUCCGAUCAAGCAAAUCCUCAAGGCCAUAGGCGGGGCAGCCACCGCCGUGACGUAUGACUCGGCUCUUGUUCGCAAGAGAGACGCCGUCGACACCUUGAUGGACCUCGGCGUGUCGCUAUUCACCAAGGGCGUCAGCCUCGACUUUGAAGCCGUCAACUUCCCCAAGCCCGAUAAGGAGCCGACUCUGCUGACCGAUCUGCCCAACUACCCCUGGAACCACCGAACAAAAUACUGGCAGGAGUCACGGAUGACUACACGGCACAAGCAGCGACCCCACGCAAGGAGCGACCUCCUGGGCGUCGAAGCCAUCUACUCUAAUGAGGUGGAGCCGACUUGGAGGAACAUCUUGCGCAUCGACGACGUCCCGUGGCUGCGCCAGCACAAGGUUCAGGGUCUGAUCAUGUAUCCACUCGCCGCGUUUGUUGUCAUGGCAUUGGAGGCCGUGGCUCAGAGAGCAGCGUCACAGAACUGGCAGGUGGAUACUCUGGAGGUGCGGGACGUGACCAUUGUCAAGCCACUGGUUGUCGGUGAUGCAGAUAUCGAGAUAAUCACGUGUCUGCGCUCGGCUCAAGAAGUUGGAGAGGUCCUUGCUGGUUCCUGGGCCAGAUUCCGCAUUUCUUCCUACUCUCCAGAUUCAGGUUGGACUGAGCACUGCGUUGGGCUAGUCUCUGCCCGGGCCAAAGAGAUCAACGAGGUCGAUGGAGAGCGCGAUGCAGCAGCUAGAGAGGUAGAGCUGAAGUCUAUCAUAGAUGCCCUGGAGAGCCAGGGAACAAGAAGUGUCCAAGCAAGCUCUGUGUACUCCAAGAUGGCGAAGUCUGGCAUUGAGUUUGGGCCAUUGUUCCAAGGCAUGCAAGACUGCAAGAUGAGCGAGACCCACUCUUCGGGUAGCAUUCUCAUACCCGACGUUGCAAAGGAGAUGCCACAAGAAGUCCUAGCAUCUCCGGUCAUACACCCAUGCCUGCUCGAGUCUCUCAUAGGCAUGUACUGGCCCAUGGUGACAUCUGGAGAUGCGGCAAUCAAGACAGUAUAUCUGCCAUCAUCACUUGGCAAGAUAUCCAUCUCUACAGAUGCAAUCCAAGUUUGCAAAGAGCCAGGCCGCUCAUUAUUAGCAUACUCUCAAGCUGAUUCUCCAACUGGGUCUUCACGGCCAAUGAGUGUCAACUCAUUUGCCGCUGUCAGCACCAACCCGAAGCGAACACUGAUCAUGAUAGAAGAUCUGGUUGUCUCACCAAUAGUUGACGACGGGGCUCUGGCAGCUGCGGACAUCCCUCGAGAGCUCUGUUACAAGAUCCAUUGGGAGCCCGUAUCAGGUCUGGCCAAGGACGCCUCUUCCCAUACCGACAGUCCAGCGCCCAUUAACGGAGAGGCCAUCUCAACCAAGUUUCCACCACUUUUCGUUUCGAUUGUGCACGACAAGUCCGAACUGCAAAGCUCACUUGCCUCUGCGCUGACGAGAGACAUAGAGGCACUUACAGGCAGCACUCCUGACGUAUGCGGCUUGGAAGACCUAAAUCCAGAAGGAAAGACUCUGAUAGUGCUCUGCGAACUUCACCAACCAAUGCUGUCCCGACUGUCUGAAUCCAGGUUCAACCUGCUCAGGAAUGCGCUCACCAAAGCAGAGGCUUGUCUCUGGGUCGUUCGCGGCGCCUAUGCAAGCUCCACCAACCCUGAAGCAAAUAUGAUUUCGGGACUGAGCAGAACCGUGCGGUCUGAGACUGCUAUGAAGUUCGCAACGCUAGACCUCGAGGGAGACCUGGAAGUCUCGGCAGAGCAGACAACCGCACUGGUUCUCCAGGUCUUUGAGCGUGUUUUUGGUCUUGAAUCAAACGCUAUGUCUGAGCUCGAGUUCAUAGAGAGGGGAGGUCAGCUGUUGACUCCGAGGUUGGUCAACGACAAGGAAAUGAACGCAUACGUCCACAGCGAGACAUCCCCAUCUGCCUUGGAGGACGCAUUGUUCUCAAAAAGCGACCGACCAUUAAAAUUAGCCGUUAAAACGUCGCCUUCAAUCGAAUCCCUUCACUUUGUAGAAGAUUCCGUGACUAGGACACUGGCAGAAGACGAUAUCGAGAUUGAGGUGAAAGCCAUCGGGAUGAGCUCCAGGGAUAUCAUGGCUGUUAAAGGCCAAACUGACGAUGAGCCCGGUUACGAAAUAAGCGGUAUAGUUUCCGCUGCCGGCCGGGGUUGUAGAGACAUCAAAAUCGGAGAUCAUGUUUGCGCCAUGGUUCGAGGCGGUUACGCCUCGAGGGUACGAACGAAAGAAACGAUGGCGAUGCGGGUGCCAAAGACAAUGUCUUUCGAGAAAAUAGCUUGCCUACCACUGGCAUAUUGCACGGCUUACUACGGCCUGUUUGAGUUAGGGCGCCUGGAGCGUGGGGAGAGCGCGAUGAUACACGGUGCCGCGAGUCCCGUUGGUCAAGCAGCGCUUUGGCUGGCGCAGGAGCAUGGCGCAAGGCUGUUUGCUACCGUCGGCAACUCGCAAGAAAAACAGCUGCUGAUCAAGGAAUACGGAAUUCCAGAGCAUCAAAUAUUUAGCAGUAGGACCAGCGGGCUCGGCUCCAAGAUUCGAGCGGCAACAUGCGGUAGGGGCGUCGAUAUUGUACUGGAUUCUGCAACAGACGAUGCUGCGACGGAAGCAUGGGAAUGCUUAGCCAAGUUUGGCAGGUUCGUGAAUCUCAGCAACAGAGAUAGCAGUCGAGAAGCGCGAUGGGAUGUUACGGAGAGGAACAAGAACUUGAGCUACACUUCGGUAGACGUUUUCGCCCUGGCCAACGAGAAGCCGUCCAUUAUCGGACGUGUUUUCGCAAAGCUUCGUAAGCAUGUCGAGUCUGGAGCAAUAUGCCCACCUGCACCUAUCCACGAAUUCCCCAUCUCAGAUCUUGAAAGCGCUUUCAAGGCCCUGCAAAGCGGCAGAUUGCUAGGGAAUAUUGUGGUGGUGGCAAAUGUGGGAGAUGAAGUAAAGGCAAUUCGAUCACGACGUGCAAGCAACUUGCUCAAACAAGAUGCCACUUACGUCCUAAUUGGUGGCACCGGUGGACUCGGUCGGAGCAUGGCGCGUUGGAUGUUGACAAAUGGAGCUCGACACAUUGCUCUGGUUUCUAGGAGUGGAGCAAUAUCGGAAAAAAUCACUGAGCUCAUCGAUGAAGGGAUCAAAGUUGGCGCAGAGAUAGUUGUACGCAGUUGCAAUGUCGCUAUCAAGGCCGAGGUAGAAUCAUUGAUCUCCCAAGGUUUGCAGGGGAUGCCCACUGUACGUGGGGUCGUCCAUGGAACCAUGGUUCUUCGGGACGUUCUUUUCGAGAAUAUGACAUGGGAAGACUACACGACAGUCAUCGAAGGCAAGGUCCAAGGUGCUUGGAACCUCCACCACGCACUUGAAGGACUCCCGCUGGACUUUUUCGUGGCACUAUCCUCGGCCGCAGGCAUGGUCGGCAACAGGGGCCAGGCGUCCUACGCGGCGGCAAACUGCUUCCUGACAGCCUUCGUCCAGUACCGUCUGGCCCGCGGGCUCCCUGGGUCGGCUCUGGACCUGACCAUGGUGACCGACUCGGGCUAUCUGGCCGAAAACGAAGAAAAGCUAGCUGAAGUCUCCAGGAACCUGGGAAGCGAUGGCAUCCGUGAGUGUGAAGUCUUAGCUCUGCUCCGGGCGGCCAUUAGCGGCCACCUCGCCGAGACGUGCAACAACCAUAUCGUCACAGGCAUGCGCAUCACCCCCUCGAUGCAGCCAUUCUGGACGUCGGACGCCAAGUUCAAAGAGCUGCGGUUGGCGAUGGAGGCUCAGCUCGACCAGUCUGCCCCUUCGGCUGGCGUGGAUGGUGUAGUAUCGUUCGGGGCUGCGUUGAAAGCAGCGACAACGGCCGAGGAGGCGGAAGGGUUGGUCUGUGCUGGGCUUGUGAACAAGAUAUCAUCAGUAUUGAUGCUGGAGGCCGAAGACAUGGACGUGACUCGGUCUUUAUCGCAUUAUCAUCUCGAUUCGCUCGUCGCCAUAGAAAUCCGCAACUUCAUAGCGCGCGAGUUUGAGGCCAGUCUGCAAGUCAUGGAGCUGUUGGCCAGUGGAUCGAUUCUGUCACUAGCUAAGAUGGUCUGUGGAAAGAGCAAGCUGGUUUCAGGGUAG